GCUUUGCAGGCUCUCCUCAAUACUAUUUGACAGCUCUGCUAGCUACCGGUACCGGUAGCUAGUCGAGCCGCUCGAGCUCCAUCCAUGCAUGAUCGAGCCAUGGCAUUGAGCAUGCGAUGAUCGAGGAUCGAAGCACUUCUUUCAACCCGAGGCUGAGACGGUAAUAUCUACUGUUACCUCUUUGAUCAAUCAAUCAAAAAGGAUCCGACCAUGCCUCCUUCAAAGCGCCGCAAGACCAACAAGGCAGGGUCUCGUUCGAACUCCAGGGCGACCACGCCUGUUCCUCCUAGCCGCCCGGAAUCUCCUGUACCCAACAACGAAACAUUGAAUCCUCCACUCGUUUUGGCCAGUGCCAAGCGUCGGGGUGUGUUCGAAUGCGACUAUUGUCAUUCCGAUAUUUCCCAGCAUUGCCGUAUCCGAUGUGCCCAUUGUCCGGACUUUGAUCUAUGUACGGAAUGUUUCUUGACGACGGAUCAUACGACUGCCGUAGCCAGACUCAAGGCAAGCCAUGAUGCCAAGACGGCCGUGGACAAUCUUUCUUCUUCUGAGCCGCAGUAUGGAGGAGGAAAAAAGAGCCCGGGAGCAUCAUCCUGGGCAUCGGGAUCAGGCGCCAUCAACCAUAACGAUUCACAUGGAUACCGGGUCUGUGAUAGUACCCGCUACCCCAUGUUUCCGCCACCCCGGGGCAUCCGGCCUGCAAGAGCAUUUGGCAUUGCCGACACUCCGGCCUCCAACAAUAACAAUAAUGGAACUACCAGUACCAGUAAAGUGAAUUUCAGUGAAGAAACAUUGGCCAAAGACGAAGAAACCAAGAAAAAGGAGGAUACUGCCAUGGAUAUUGUUGAUUCACCUCAAAAACCCAAAAAGGACACGGAAAACUUGGAGGGAGCAUCCACUCCUGGGCCACUCGCACAGGAUGCAAUGCAAAUGAAUCUUCCGGAUGACCCCAAGUUGGUUUGGACUGUCGAAGAAGACUUGAGGCUUCUCGAUGCCAUUGAGGAAAAUGGACUCGGAAAUUGGUUAGACAUUUCAGAAGCCAUUAGUGGAAAUGGAUCCGUUGGAAAGUCUCCCAAGCGUUGCAUGGAACGCUACUUUGAUGAUUUCUUGGGCCGCUAUGGGCAUAUUCUACCUCCUUAUACCUUGGUGGCCGCAGAAGACGCACCUGCAGAGGAGAAAAUACCGGGUGAUGGUGGAGGAGAUGGCAAAGCCGAUGUUGCCCCUUUGGAAGCCGCCGGAACUCCUGGCAGUGUCUCCAGCGGCACCAAGGAUAUGGACCCCACCCGCCUUUCAAAGCGCCGUCAUAGCAUCAUGGUUCGGACGAACACUUCCACUUCCAAUCAGUCACUCAACCGGUUCAAUAAGAUUUUGAAACCUGCGCCAACAGAUUCUCUGCCAGAGUAUCAAGUGGUCCUAAAGGCGUUUCCCAACCCGUUAGUUCCAAAAAGGGAGAUUCCUGUUGUUAGGGGACAAGAAGUCUUGAGAGACCAAUCUGCCCGAGCGGAACAUGCGUUUGUGAAACUCAUUAGUACGCAAAAAGAGGAUGAAGCGGCCGCAACUCGCAAACUUUGGAAGGAAACAAAGUUGAACACACCGGGUGGUCCCACGGUACUGCCCGAACGACCAGAUGAUGUCGUACAGGCCCCAGGAUCUCAGCUCGCUGGAUUCAUGCCGCGUCGGGGAGACUUUGACAUUGAGUAUGAAAAUGACGCGGAACAGGCGUUGGCGGAUAUGGAAUUCCUGCCAGGCGAAUCGGACGCAGAUAAGCUAUUGAAACUACAAGUGCUCCAAAUCUACAACGAAAAGUUGAGAGAACGCGAGAAAAGAAAGGCGUUCAUCGUUGAGCGCAGACUUCACGAUUAUCGUCACAACCAAAAAGUGGACGAAUCGCUUCCUCGUGAUGAACGCGAUUUGGUUCGUCGCAUGCGUCUCGUGGAACGUUUUCAUGAUCCCGACGAACACAAGAAAUUUCUCGAAGAUGUGCUCAAAGCCAAAGCCCUGCGAAAGGAGAUUGCCAAAUUGCAAAUGUAUCGUAGGAUUGGCAUCACAUCGGAGGUCGAAGCGGAAAGGUACGAGUUGGACAAGGCGAGAAGAAUAUUUCACAAGACGGCUGUCUUGAAAGAAGCAGCCCUACAAGGCGAGGAUAAAAUAGCCAGCACUGCAGCAUCGGGGGACACGACGGCGACUGCAUCCGGCGGUACCCCAGGAAAAAAGGCCGAGCCACCCGCAGAGGAAAAGACCUUAUUAUGGAAGGGAUACAAUUACAACAAUCGAGAUCGCCGCCGUUCCUUGGGCUCUCAAGACGGGGCCAACGCGGGUAGCGAUAUCGUCCAAAUGCAGGAAUCAUCCAAAGAAGCCACAGGCGAAGAAUCAAAGGAAGGAGCAGCGAGUUCUGACUCGAAAGAGACGUCAUCAACAGGGAACAACACUGGUUCACAGGGAUUUGCAAUUGAAACAAUGGAAGGAUUCAAAUUCCUCACCCGCAAAGAAGUUGAGCUUUGCCGACGGUUGGAGUUGCCACCCAAACUGUACACCGAGGUGAAGAAGGUCCUCAUCCAUGAGUCGUUCAAUAUGGGACUGGUAGAUAGUGACGACUCUGUCAGUCGUCGCACCAUUGUGCAGAUUGACGUAGAGAAGAAAGGGGCCGUUGUCGACUUCUUUGUGAGAGCCGGGUGGCUCAAGGGUACCAGCAGCGUGAGCAGUUCGACGUGAAGGGAUGCACCAUGUACGGUACGAGAACAAUGGCCUCGAAGCGUUUGCGCCGUGAAUAGCUUCGCUACGGCGCCGGAAGACUGUGGUCGGUCAGCAAUAAACCAAGACUAUAACAGUAGCCCACGCUGAAACAUGAGGAUAAACAAUUCACUAUUUAGUCUGUUACGUUUUAUGUUUUGAGCUGAUUCUCCAAAGCUUAAGUUUUGCCGUUGCAACCUACCAGGUACA